UCCGCGGUGCCCGCCCCGCCCCGGGCCCGCCCCCCACCUUCCCAGCAUAAAAACGCGGGCUCCCGGCCCUCCGCUGAGACGAAAUUUCCCGUCCCGGCGGCUCCGGUUCCAGCGGCGCAGGGCUUCGCGGUUUCGCUUUCCCGGCGCGUCCCUCCAGCGGCGGUGCCCGUCUCCAGGGUCCAGCCUGCGCACCCCAGGCCGGACGCUGGCCCAACACCUGUGACUGCACGUGUGCGCGCCGCCACCCGCGCUCACAGCCCGGCCACCUUCGCCGAGAAACCCGCACCGCGGCACCGUCGUGGCCAUAAGCCCUCCACCCACAUCUGUGACCCCCGCACCUGUGCCAGCGGGGCCACACCUGUGACGCCGGCCACGCGCCUGUGGCCGCCCACGAGCAGCCCUUCCCUCCCCGGUGGGAACGCCUGCUUGCCACCCCUGACCACAGCCCCUCGCGGCGGGAGCCAUGGCCGCUGACCCCGAGAGGGGGGCCCCGCGCGUGCUGUUCGCAGACUGGCUCCUGGGCGAGGUCAGCAGCGGCCGCUACGAGGGGCUGCGGUGGCUGGACGCCGACCGCACUCGCUUCCGCGUGCCCUGGAAGCACUUCGCGCGGAAGGACCUGGGCGAGGCUGAUGCCGGCAUCUUCAAGGCCUGGGCGCUGGCGCGCGGCAGGUGGCCGCCCAGCAGCGGCGCAGGUGACCUGCAGGCCCCCGAGGGCCAGCUCCUGGCGGCCUGGAAAACCAACUUCCGCUGUGCUCUGCGCAGCACCAAGCGCUUCCUGAUGCUGCACGACAACUCGGGAGACCCCACCGACCCGCACAAAGUGUUCACGCUCAGCUCCGAGGAGGGGUGCGGAGGAAGCCCAGGCACUGACCAGGGGGACCACAAGGCUCUUGAAGAUGCCCCACCCGCCAGGGGGGCGCUCCCUGGGCCAUGCCUGGCAGGAGAUGCUGGCUCGAGUCCUGGGCCUGGACCAGCCAGGUGGAGCCCGGUGCCCGGCGCGCCCAGCCCCCUUGUGAGCCUGGCUGCCUGCACCAAGGACCUCCUGGUGGAGGCCCUGCAGCAGAGCCACCUGGAGCAAGUGCUGGAGGCUCAAGCCGCGGCCCCAGUCCUUCCGGCGGCCUGUGGUGAGGGGCUGCGGUGCCAUGCCAAGGGGAGGGGCGGUCCAACCCGGAUGGUGCCGGCCAGUGAAGCCAGUACAGCUGUCCCCCUGCCGCCCUCAGGCCCAGAGCUGCCUACCGGGCAACUGGAACUUCCAUGGGCUGUGGAGGCCCCCAGACCCAGGUCACAGCCCCAGGCCCAGAUGACAGACGCAGGUCCAGCCCCCGAGGCCUGGCAGCCCCCACCUGAGGUGGAGCCCUGCACCCCACUGGCGGGGGCCCCCUACCCGCAGCUCGGCCUGCAUGCAGAGCCCAGCCUGGGGGCCCUGCACGUGACCAUCAUGUACAAGGGCCGCACGGUGCUGCAGGAGGCAGUCGGGCGCCCCAGCUGCGUGCUCCUGUACGGCCCCCCUGGCUUUGCUAUGCAGGCCCCGGAGGCCCAGCUGGUGGCCUUCCCCUGCCCCGCCCAGCUCCCCGACCAGAAGCAGCUCCACUACACGGAGAAGCUGCUCCAGCACGUAGCCCCCGGCCUGCGGCUCCAGCUCCGCAGGACUGGGCUCUGGGCCCAGCGCCUGGGCAAAUGUAAGGUCUACUGGGAGGUGGGCAGCCACCUGGGCUCCGACAGCCCCUCAGCCCCCGCCUGCCUGCUGGAGCGGAACCGUGACACCUGCAUAUUCGACUUUGGCACCUUCUUCCGAGAGCUGAUGGAAUUCCAGGCCCGCAGGCGCCGGGACUCCCCACACUACACCGUCUACCUGGGCUUUGGGCAGGACCUGUCGGCCGGGAGGCCCAAGGAGAGGAACCUGGUCCUGGUGAAGCUGGAGCCCUGGCUGUGCCAGGCAUCCCUGGAGCGCGUGCAGCGGGAGGGCGCCUCCUCCCUGGACAGCAGCAGCCUGGGCCUCUGCCUGUCCAGCUUCAACAGCCUGUAUGAGGACCUGGAGCACUUCCUGGAUUACUUCAUGGAGGUGGAGCAGCCAGCCUAGGCCGCCCCGGGCCGCCCCGACCCAAUAAAGAGCUAUGAGCUGG